AUACAGUGCCGUUAGUGUCAGGAGUGACAGCUCGACAACACCUCUACAACAGAACACGACGCACUGGAUUGGCACAGACUGGACUGGUUCCCAUCCACCUCGGUCUUAUCAUCAGAGCGCUCAAGCGUCCGACACACAAAGGCUUGUUGUGUAACUGAAUGAGCGAUUUACAGUCGCCCUGUGUAAAUACGUAUUAGGGGUCAGUGGUAGGAGUUGUUAUAUUCAUUAAGACAUUCUUUUGCGGAUUGAGGCAGAGGGAGAGGGCUUUACAUAAUUACGUUCAUGCUUUUUCACGUGAAAUGCUCCUUUAAAAGAAGGCUUCGAUUGAACACACUGAGGCACAUCGCGCGCGCGAGCGGACUGUCGUUCUGCAGUUUGGUAUCAGAAUUGCGUUCAAAAUGGUGACGUCGUAUCCAUUACCGGAGGGAUUCUCCGAGUUUGAUGUAUUCUCUCUAGGAUCUUGUCUGCUCGUGGAGGGUAAGAGUGUUUAGGUAGAAAAAAGAAAAAAAGAGGAUCGCGUGUCUUACUUUGUGGACAUGCAUAGCCUCAACAGGAUGCGCUUGAUCCGGGAACGAUAGCAAAACGGUUGGGAAAAAAAAAAAAAAAAAAACACAUAGCGGUGAUUUAACUGUCUAUCAGAAAACUGUCAAUGAAUGUCUCCUCGGGUUCUUCCUGAAUGCUGUCACCGUUGUUGCUUUUCUAAAAAUAAGAGAAUUACGGACCCCAAGUAAUUUUCUCGUGUUCAGUCUGGCCAUGGCCGAUAUGGGUAUUUCCAUGAACGCCACUAUUGCUGCCUUCUCCAGUUUUCUGAGAUACUGGCCUUAUGGAUCAGACGGAUGCCAAACCCAUGGAUUCCAGGGCUUUAUGACUGCUCUUGCCAGCAUCCAUUUUAUUGCAGCCAUUGCUUGGGACAGAUACCACCAGUACUGCACAAGGACAAAGCUGCAGUGGAGCAGUGCCAUCACCCUGGUUAUCUUCAUCUGGCUCUUCACUGCCUUCUGGGCCGCCAUGCCUCUGAUUGGCUGGGGAGAGUAUGACUACGAGCCCCUGAGGACCUGCUGCACACUGGACUACAGCAAGGGUGACAGGAACUAUGUGUCUUACUUGAUCCCCAUGUCCAUCUUCAACAUGGGCAUUCAGAUGUUUGUUGUGCUGUCUUCCUAUCAGUCCAUUGAUAGGAAAUUCAAGAAGACUGGCCAGGCCAAGUUCAACUGUGGCACUCCUCUGAAGACCAUGCUGUUUUGCUGGGGCCCCUAUGGUAUCCUGGCUUACUAUGCUGCUGUGGAGAACGCAACCCUUGUCUCUCCUAAACUGAGAAUGAUUGCACCCAUUUUGGCUAAGACAUCACCUACUUUCAACGUCUUUGUUUACUCUCUUGGAAAUGAGAACUACAGAGGAGGAAUCUGGCAGUUGCUCACUGGCCAAAAGAUCGAGACUUCUGCUAUUGAGAACAAGACCAAAUAAACUAAGAAUGUGAUAACAGUUAAUGUCCUGGUAGUUUCUAACAGGUAUGACACUUGCUUAUUGGAAUUGUGUGCUUAUGUCAUCCUUGUUGUGUUUGUGGACAUGAGAGUGGAGUCUGUGUUUGUGGUAGUUUGGUCUUUUAUAUUUAAUAUAGAAGAUUUUAGCAAGUAAUAAAAUUUCUAAACUGAUAUUUUGAUAAAGCACAUAAGCUGCUUCUAAUGGAAAUGUUACAAAACAGGGUCCAAUUUUAUCUGUAUCUUUGCAAAGCACAUUUAAGAAGAGAAUUUGUGGCCAUCCUUUAAUAAGGGUUAAGCUGCUUCCAUAUAUGCAGUUCUGAAAGGAAACACAAUCAGGAACCAUGUAACCUAUUUUUUGAGGUUGUGGGUGAACUUUCAAGAUAUUUUACUGCAUAUAAGUGCCGUUACACUGUACAUUAAAACUGGCUACAUUAAAUGCCCCAAUUAGUGAAAAUGUGGCUGCUACAAAAAAUAAACAAAUUAAUUUACUGCUAGCUUUAAGAGUGAAAUACUUUUUACCAUCUCUACAGUAUAUUCAUUUAUUUCAUGUUAACCAGAAUGUACAAUUUGGCACACCCAGGAAAUAAAGUGUACUUUAUUUUGCACAUAGGGAAAUCAUUUGCUAUGAGAUAAAGCAAGUCUACAUCAAGCUUAUGAGACAGAAUUAGGCAAGUAACAUUUUCUAAUCCCAGAAACAACGGUGCUUUUCAUGAAAACACAUUCCCCAGUGCACAAGAUUAGUCAAAAGGAAAAGAUUAUGCACGAGACUCACUGCGAUUGGAAAUGUUCAGACUGGUGAUCUCGUUUUCCCUCUGCAGAUUCUUUCUCUGUUUUAACAUGAAUCAUUCUGGCAUCUGCAAAAUAAGAAAUGAAUGCCAAAUUUUUAUGUUUUGUACACUGUAAGGAAAAAACAUUUUCUCAGGUAACAUAAAAAUGUAUUUCAUGUUUUUAAUUAGAAGUAUUAGAAAUAUUUAUAGUUUCACUUUGUGCAUAACAGAAAUAUCAUUACUACAUAAAUAGAUUGUAAUGUUCAAUAAAGAGGCUGAAUAUCACAAGCCAAAGUAGCAUGUAAUGCCAAGUAAUUUUGCUAGAAAUUGCAUAAAAUGUGCAUAUUUCUAGCUUUUUCUUUUUCCAGAAUUGAAUUUUAUAACAGACUACAAUGCAUGCAAAUACAAACAGACAAAAGGUCACUCUUUUUGCACAUUUGUACUAAAAAACAAAUACUCAAUACUUAUUUAGCAUCUUUGUAAAUACACAAUAAAAAGUAUAUAAUAUGAUGACAUAAUGAAAUGCAGUACAAUUUAACUACUUUGUUUUAGUGGAUAGAUAGAAGUAGAGCAGAUAGAAUACAGAGAAAAUAUAUAAAUGAAAUACCUGACAAUAUACAGUAGUAUAAACUAUUAAACAUAAGGAUGCAUAUGAAAGAUAUACGUUUCUGUACCACAAUGUUUGUGUAUGUGACAUGCUAAUGUACAAAUGAUAGAUACAUGUAUGUACAACUGUGUAGUCUGACACAUAAUGUCUCUGCAAUGGUUCAUGUGUCACUUGUAAUGCUGCAACCUAAUUAGUCUUUAAAAGCUCUUGUGUCCACUUUAAGCUUGACUUCCUCAAGUGCACUUUCAUCAACCUGUGAAUGAUGUUCAGUGGAUGUCUUGUCAACAACAUCUGAUGUGUGUAUCUCAGCCAAGAUGCACAACAGUGAAAUAAACAUCGGUGGCUACUUUA